AUGUCAGAAAAGGAUUGGGAAAAGAUUAAUAGACAAGCUUGUGGCACCAUUCGUUUGUGUUUGGCCAAGAAUCAAAAAUAUUUUGUUAUGAGGGAGACGAAUGCUAAAGAGCUUUGGAAGAAAUUGGAGGACAAGUAUAUGACCAAGAGUGUGGAGAAUCGUCUCUACUUGAAGAAGAAGCCCUUCCAUUUCCAAUAUCGUGCAAGUAUUUCUAUGUCUAAGCACUUGAAUGAUUACAAUAAAAUACUUACUGAUUUGCAAAUUUUGGAAGUUGAUAUUAGUAGUGAGGAUAAAGCUCUCUUGUUAUUGAAUUCAUUGCCGGAUACUUAUGAUCAUCUAAUUACUACACUUUUGUAUAGAAAAGAUGAAAUUAAGUUUGAUGAUGUGUCCAAUGCUUUGACUAAUAAUGAGUAUCGUAUGAAAGAUAAGCAAGCUCAAAGGGACACGAAUUCUGAGGCUUUGAUUGUUAAGGGCAUGUCUAAUGAUAAGAAACUUGAAAAGGAUGAUCAAAUGAGUGGGUUUUGGAUUCAGCUUGCACCUUCCAUAUGUGUCCAAAAAAAGGAAUGGUUUUACAACCUAAAAGAGUCGGAACUUGGUUCAGUCAUCAUGGGUAAUGAUCAAACCUGUGAGAUUUUAGGGAAAGGUAAAAUCAAGCUGAAAUUGCAUGAUGGAACAGUUCGUUUUCUAAAUGAGGUUCAAUAUGUACCUAAAUUGAAAAGGAAUCUCAUCUCAGUUGGUUUGUUAGAAUCCAAGGGUUUCAAGAAUGCUACGGAGAAUGGAACUUUGAAGGUACAACAUGGUGCUUUGGUAGUAAUGAUGGCCACACGUUGUAAGAAUAUGUAUUUCCUUAAAGGGAGUACUGUUGUAGGUGGAGUAGCAAUUGGGGAGGUUACUUUAGACACUAUUAGACUUUUGGAAUAUGCCAAUGAUAAUACUUUGUUUGAGAGUGCCAAGAACUGCAAAUUUGAAGUUUGUGAGCCUUGUGCUUUGGAGAAGCAAACUAAGGUCAAGUUUGGUACAAUAGUUCAUCAUACUAAGGGUUUGCUUGAUUAUGUACAUACUGAUGUAUGGGAGCCUAUUAAGGUUGCUUCUUUUGAAGGUAGGAAUCAUGAUGUUAUUUUUGAUGGUGACAUGGUGAUUAAGCCUUUGCACAAGUUCAAAUGUUGCUUGGACUUGUUCAGUAUUUGCAAUUUGAAUUAG